AUGAGGUCCUCCAUCGCCUGCGCCCGCUGCAGAAGAAGCAAAGUAAAGUGCGUGAACAAUGGCGUAGGCACCACCUGCAGGGCCUGCGAGACCACCGGCCGCGAAUGCACCUAUCCUUCGCCUGCCGCCGGCGCUGGCGGCGGAGUGCCCGUGGCCCGCCGGGAGAGCAGUAGUCAGUCUGGGCAUCCUGUCCUGGACAGAGUCCCUGCUGGUGAGACUCCGCGGCGCCAGCCCCGACCCAAGAAGAGCUCUGCCUCCAUUCCCGGCACCUCUUCUUCGAACAGAGACAGCCCUCACGCUCUAGUGGAUGCGCUAGACCCAACAAUCCUCACCCCCAAAGUCUGGACGGAACUGUUCGACAUUUUCCAAACGCACUAUUCCACCGAUCUCCCCUUCUUGCACCCUCCGACUUUCCUGAAGCCUUUGCGCCAGUCAUCGCUGCAGUCUUCCAACUCAGGCUUCGGCGAUCCAGCAAGCGGGCCUCUUCCCGCUCUCUCUCCACUCCUCCUUCUGGCUUUUCUGGCUUUGACCUCGCGCUUUCACCCCCAACUGGUCGCCUACCAUUCGACUUCUACCUCGAAACAGAACCCCCAAAUCGCCGCCGAGUACUAUGCUUCAGCAUGCCGAAACCGUAUCGCCAGCAUGUAUGGGGGCGACCCGGGUGUCCCCGACUUGCAGCGGAUUCAGGCCAUGCUAAUGCUUGGGUUGCACGAGUGGGGGUCCUGCCAGGGCUCCAAGGCCUGGGUCACAGUGGGAAUAGCGAUUCGUGGCGCCCAACUGCUUGGCCUUCAAUUCGAGGCUGACCUUGAUGAUAUGCCCCUGGCAAGGUCGACUGCCAUGGUCGAAGAGGCACGGCACCUCGGUGUAAACGUCAAUCAGAGAGAAUAUGGGCUGAGCAGCAAGGGAGAUGCUUUCAUCGAGCAGGAGACAAGAAGACGCACUUUCUGGAGCUGUUUUAUCAUGGACCGCUAUCUGAGCAGUGGGAAAUACAGGCCGCAAAUGCUCAACAUCCAAGACCUGAGGAUCCAGCUACCUUGCAGCGAACGCGCCUUCCUUUUCGGCGAAAAAGUCAAAACAUUGAUGCUGGGCGAAGAAAUCCACGAUGUCGCCGGCCGCGCCCACAUUCAGCACCAGCGGAAGGCUUCGGUAAUGCUGGGCUCGAAGUCGGGAUCGCCUAAUGGGGGUACUCCAGUCAGCAGUGAUCGUUCUCCCGUCACGGGUACCGGGCUUGGCCGAGAAGACGAGGAAGACGGUCGGUGGGAGGUCGGCUCCGAUGAAGGAAUUCUUAGUCGCUUCAUCAAAGUAUUGGAUCUGUACGGGCGUAUUGUCAAAUGGUCGUGCAGCGGGGGAAGAAGACGAGAGCAAUACCCACCUUGGGAUGAGCGCUCGACAUUCAGUACUCUGCAGCGGCUUCACAGCCGAGCUAGAGAUGGCCUGCCCCGCGACAUGACACUAACCUCAGCCAACAUAUCCGCGCACAUUACGUCGAGGACAUCGACGCCGUUCGUGCUCAUGCACAUCGUGCAUCUCCUUUCUGGCAUGAUUCUUAACCGUGAAUAUAUCCCCUUCAUCCCGCUCCGGUCGCCCAAGCCGCAAGGACCCCUUGAUCCUCCGGUAUUCCCCUCGGAUGAGUACACCGUUCCGGAAGGCUUUUGGGAGCAAAGCGCACGGGAACUGUUCAAAUCUGCCAGGGACGUCAUCGACCUUCUGCGUAUUUGCCAAGAGUGGAAUGUUCUAGUCGAGACGCCAAUUGUCGGCUUCGCUGCUUACACCGCUGCUUUCACAGGUGUUUAUGCUAUCAACUUCCCCUGGAUGGACCCCCACGGCUACAUGUGCAAAGGAACACAGUCUCGCGAUCCCGUGAAGUCUGAGACAGGCGACUCUCCGGGCGCCGAAGCUGCACGGAAGGCCCUCGAGAUCAUAAGCCAGAUGCGCAGAGCGCUGCACAUGGCCGAUGGCUGGUUCAGGACCCUCAAACGUGUGCAUGUGUAUUACAUUCGGAUCAAGAAGGACUUCCGCCGGAAUGCAAAGGCGAUGGCCAGCCUUUCUCCCGGUGCCGAGUCUCUGCGCAGCCUCACUCUUCGCGAAGGUGGACCUGGUGGGGGAUUAGAAGAAUACAAGCUAUUGGAGAAGUCGUUACGGGAAUUUGGCAGCCUGUGGGACGAGGGCGAGGAUCUGGAGAUGCUUGACGCGGGAGACGAGGAGCGCCGCCCUGACACCAGCUCGUCAAUACCUCCCGGUGAAGCCAUGGAUACAUCGAACGCUCCCGAUGCCAUCCGGCAGGAGAGGUGGAACGCGAUCAAUACCGUCGCUGCGGCUGCAUCUCAGCAGAACGCAGCCAAUGGGGCGACCACUUACGGACCGGGUCGCAUUCCGAUUUCAAACCCUUCCCCCGAGCAGCAAAAGCCACCUCAGCUGCCCGGACACUCCCCGAUCCUAUCUCCGCCCGGCUCCGCAUCCGCCGCAAGCAACACCCCCUACGAUCGCCCUUCGGGCUUCACUCCCAUUCAGCACCAACAGCACCCCCACGCGAAUCCUGCCGACUCGUACGGCACGCAUCAACCGUCGUACACCUCAGCCUCGUCCUUCUCGCCCGCGUCGCAGGAAGCAUGGUUGGACAGCCUCGACACGCGCUUCGGCGGUGACGACAUCGCCGCUUUCGUCGCAGGAACCAAUUGGGAAGACUGGGCAGCCAUGGCGCAGCCCGGGGAGCAGGGCGUCAGCGGAUGGCUGAGCGCUGUGUGGAUGGGCGCGCCCGGCCCGCCACCCACACCCGGCAGAUCCUGA